AUGGUCAGGCUGGGUGAGAAAGGGUCCAAGGAGCGAGAACCCGGCUGCCCUUGCCUGGUGAGCCGAGAGCUGACGUCCACCCUGUGGGCAGCCCCUCUCUCCACGUCCCGAGAGACUCGAUCUGCAGACCCCAGGAAGUCCCCCACCCCUGCCCCAGUGGAGACCUCCAGGCUGUCUCAGUCCCCAGGCAACCCUACCCCAACCCCAGCCCAGCUCAACCUCUCUCCCAGCCCCUGUGUCACCACCAAGCCCAAUGUCACCAACCCAGCCCAGCCCAGGCUGACCCUGACCCCGAUCCAAGCUCCAGGACUGGCCACGGGGGAGGACAACAAUGAGUUUUUCAUCGACUUCCUGCAAAUGCUGCUGGUGGGAUCUGCAGAGGAGCUCUGUGAGGGGCCCCUGGGCAAGUACGACAUCAGUACAGAUGCCAAGGCAGCGGUAACCAAGCUCAAGUCCUGCACAGAUGGCCUGCAGCCCAUGCACAAGGCGGAGCUGGUCAAGCUGCUGGUACCGUGGCCAGGGGGGCACCCCACUCCCUAAAGGCCUGCAGCCCUAGCAGGACCCACAGUCCUACUCCUCAGGCCCUCCACCAAAUGCCAUAGCCCCUCAUCACCCACCCAGUGCAGCAACCCCGUACCCCAGCACCCCACAGACACCCUGACCUGCCUCAGCCAGCAGGGGUGGACAUCCCAGACCUCAUUGCCUGCAGAGCAGC